AAUGUGUCCAACCGUACUACUCACGGCAUGAGAGAGGACUCGCGAUGUACAGCCUGAGCAAUGUGGCAUUAUUAACAACAUUUGAUUAAAUUAGUGUACUCUCUGUAGCCGACCCUACUGUGAGUCUACAUACUUUGUAACGACGCCAUGUUUCGACAAACGAAGGCGGUGCUCCAGAAACUUCGACAUCUAAGUUUCAGUCAUCCGCAGCAGACGUGGAGGCUGCAGAGCUCUUCGGCUAAAGAGAGAGCGUGUCGGUACCAACCAGGACAGAAGAUCCACGGCUUCACAGUCAGAGAGGUUGUAGUGGUCCCUGACUUGUUUCUCACAGCAGUGAAGUUGACCCACGAUAGAACUGGAGCUCAGCACCUCCAUGCAGCCAGAGAUGACUCCAAUAACCUCUUCAGUGUCCAGUUCAGGACGACCCCCAUGGACAGCACAGGGGUCCCACACAUCCUGGAGCACACGGUGCUUUGUGGAUCUAAGAAGUAUCCCUGCAGAGACCCUUUCUUCAAGAUGCUCAACAGGUCGCUGUCCACCUUCAUGAAUGCGUUCACAGCCAGUGACUACACCAUGUACCCGUUCUCAACACAAAAUGGGAAGGACUUCCAGAACCUUCUGUCGGUCUAUCUGGAUGCCGUCUUCUUCCCUUGUUUGCGAGAGCAGGAUUUCUGGCAGGAGGGCUGGAGGCUGGAGAAUGAAAACCCCACAGACCACAGCUCCCCUCUGGUGUUUAAAGGAGUGGUGUUCAAUGAAAUGAAGGGAGCUUUUUCGGACAACGAGCGCGUGUACGCCCAGCACCUCCAGAACAAGCUGUUUCCAGACCACACCUACUCGGUGGUGUCGGGUGGGGAGCCUCUAGACAUCCCAGACCUCACCUGGGAGCAGCUCAAACAGUUCCACACCACACAUUACCACCCCAGCAACGCCAGGUUCUUCACUUAUGGAGAUCUGCCGUUGGAGCAGCACCUGGAGCAGAUUGAAGAGGAAGCUCUGUCCAAGUUCGAACGCAUCAACCCGAACACAGAGGUCCCGUCCCAGCCGCACUGGAGCAGCCCCAGAGAAGACCAUGUGACCUGCAGCCCUGAUGCUAUGGCUCCAGAUCCAGCCAGGCAGGAGACGCUGUGUGUGAGCUACCUGCUGGGAGACAUCACCGACACGUUCGAAGGAUUCACUCUCAGCCUGCUGUCAUCGCUGAUGAUCUCCGGACCAAACUCUCCCUUCUACAAGGCCCUCAUUCAACCCAAGAUAGGAACCGACUUCUCUUCAGUCGUAGGAUACGACGGCAGCACCAAGGAGGCGUCGUUCAGCAUCGGACUGCAGGGAAUGUCUGAGGAGGACACGGAGAGGGUGAAACGAAUCAUCAGCCAAACCAUCGACGACAUCAUAGAAGGCGGCUUUGAGGAGGAAAGAAUCGAGGCUCUGCUCCAUAGGAUUGAGAUCCAGAUGAAGCACCAGUCCACCAACUUCGGCCUGUCUCUGGCCUCGUACGUCGCGUCAUCGUGGAACCAUGACGGCGACCCGGUGGAGCUGCUGCAGAUCAGCGACAGCGUUGCCAAGUUCAGACAAGCCCUGAAGGAAAACCCUCGCUUCCUGAAGGACAAAGUUAAGCACUACUUCAAGGAGAACACUCACAGACUGACCCUGUCCAUGAGCCCAGAUGAGGCCUACCUGGAGAAGCAGGCCAAGGCCGAGGAGGAGAAGCUCCAGAAGAAGAUCCAGGCUCUGUCUGACGGUGACAGAAAAGAGAUCUACGAGAACGGUCUGGGGCUGCUGGCUGUUCAGAGUCAAACCCAGGAUGCCUCCUGUUUGCCUGCGCUCAAAGUGUCCGACAUCGAGCCCACGAUACCCAUCACUCCUGUUCAAAUCAGCACUGCAGGAGGCGUUCCGGUUCAGUACUGCGAGCAGCCGACCAACGGCUUGGUUUACUUCAGAGCCAUGUGCAGCCUCAACACUCUGCCAGAGGACCUCUGGCUCUACGUGCCGCUCUUCUGCAGCGUCAUCACCAAGAUGGGCUGUGGCGCUCUGGACUACAGGCAGCAGUCCCAGCAGAUGGAGCUGAGGACCGGGGGCAUGUCCGUCUCCCCCCAAGUCACCCCCGACUCCAGCCAGCUGGACAUGUACGAGCAGGGUGUCCUCCUGUACUCCUCCUGCCUGGAGAGGAACCUUCCUCACAUGUUCCAGCUGUGGAGCGACAUAUUCAACAGCCCCCACUUCAACGACGAGGAGCGCCUGAGAGUGCUGGUGAUGAUGUCAGCGCAGGAGUUGGCCAAUGGCAUCUCCUACUCGGGUCACAGGUACGCAAUGACCCGCGCGGGAAGACACCUGACUCCUGCAGGGGAACUGCACGAGACGUUCGGUGGGAUCAAACAGGUGAAGUUCAUGAAGAGGAUAGCCGAGAUGUCCGACCUCAACAAGGUCAUCCGAACAUUACCCAAAAUCAAGAAACACAUUCUUAACCCGGACAACAUGAGGUGUGCAGUCAACACAACUCCACAGAAAAUGUCUGACACAUCGGAGCAGUUGGAGAGUUUCAUGAAGGACGUCGCCGUCAACAGAAAAGCUCGCAAACCGGUCAGAACUAAUAUUAUUGAGAGGCCGCUCGACCCCCUGGACGACUCCGGACCGAGUAGGAAACUCAUCUCCGAGCAGAACUUCAAGCCGUGUCAGAUGAAGACGUUCUUCCAGCUGCCGUUCCCCGUCAACUUUGUCAGCGAGAGUAUUCGUACGGCGCCGUUCUCCCACGAGGACUACGCCAGUUUGUGCAUCUUGGGGAGGAUGAUGACGGUGAAAUUUCUUCAUGGAGAGAUCCGGGAGAAGGGAGGAGCCUACGGGGGCGAAGCCAGGAUGGGAGGAGGUCUUUUCACCUUUUACUCGUACAGUGACCCGAACUCGGUGCAGACCUUGUCUGCAUUUCGUAAAGGUGUGGACUGGGCCAAGUCGGGACAGUUCACCCAGCAGGACAUCGAUGAAGCCAAACUGUCGGUCUUCUCAGCUGUCGACUCACCCGUGGCCCCCGCAAGCAAAGGAAUGGGUCGCUUCCUCAGUGGCAUCACGGAUGAAAUGCUGCAGAGUCACAGAGAGAGACUCUUCGCCGUCAGUCACAGAAGCCUGGUGGAAGUGGCCGAAAGGUACCUCGGUGUUGGUCAGAGGACGUGUGGUGUUGCCAUCCUGGGUCCAGAGAACGAGACAAUUAAAAAAGAUCCUUCAUGGAUUGUAAAAUAAUCUGAGCAGCUGGUAUUUAAUAACUAAACUUAACUGGAGAUGUACUGAGAACCUGCAGGCAAUGCUCUUGUUGGGAUUAUUUAAAAACGGUGGCAAAAAUUGUGUUGUAAUCAUGAUCUGAUUCUUCAGAUUAAACUUCUUUUAAUAUAUUAUGUUGUGUACAUAUGAAUGAAAACAUGACCAUUACAGUAUCAUAUUGAAAAACAAAAUCU